UAUUUUGUAGGCCAAGUGCUAUUUCCAGUACUAACAGACUUAAGUUUCUAUUUCCCUGCUAACGCCAGGCCUCUUCUCAUAAAUCACGUGAGCGAAUCUUUGAAGCUUGCUGUUGGAACUUAUCUCCACCAAGGCCAGGAACUUAUCUAUACCAAGGCCAGGUUGCUUGGAUACCUGGUGACGUAAACCUCCUCCUUCACCUACCCUUAUAUACCCUGGAAGACUUUGCAAUAAACGAGACUUGAUCAGACUCCUGUCUUGUCUCCAUUCUUCGCGCCCCUUGCCCCUUUUUCAUUCUCACCCCCUCCUCCAGGUAUCCUUGUCGACUGACCCGCGGGCCGGGUCACGUGGCGCCCGACCAGGGACCUGGAUACGAGGGAAAAUGGUGAAGAAGCUGCUGGAGGCAGCCGGCCGGCUCAGAGAAACAUCGGGACCUGGCCACGCAGUAGCCUGCUGCGCUGGAACGAGGAUCUCGGUAACUAUGAGCACCUGGAUAUGGCUACUGAUAGGAAUCUCUCUCCUGAUACGAAAAAAUGAAGGUGGUUUCGGUAAUCCCCAUGAGGCUCGGGCACUCUUACAAAAAUUAACUGGUACUCCUUGUGAGUGCCGUGGUGGCACCUGGAAUGGUGAGACAACCCCUCUCCUAAAUGUAGAUUGUGGUGAUAAAACAGCAUACUUAGUAAGGAGACAAAAUGUUCAUGGAGCACAGGCAUGGGUCUGUAGCAAAAAGGCUAAAAUUAUCCCCACCUUUAAUAACAAGCCUGGACCAUGUCCUUGUAUAGAAUUCCAUCCACCUGUACAUAAUACCUGUUAUGAGCAGGUUCAACUAUGUACUGGUACAGAUAAUAAUACCUAUUUUACAGCAAUCUUGAUCAGAAAAAUUAUGGACAAUCCAUUUUGGAGCGGACUAAAUGGUUUUCUGCCUUAUCUCCUUCCAUUUUUAGGGCCCCUCCUUGGCUUACUAAUAUUACUGUCGCUAGGACCUUUUCUUUUUAAUAAAGUCAUGGCCUUUAUAAAACAACAAAUUGAUGCUAUUAAAAUGCAGCCCCUCCAGGUUCAUUAUCACAGACUUGCUAUGGAAGAUGAACACAUAACCAUAACUACUUAGGGGACUGGCUAGUCAAGGACGGGUAACGAGGACCCUCAUCUCAGACUUUGCUUAUCCUACCAAUCUAAGACAGGAGCCCGGUCAGAUAACUACCGUGUAUCCCAUGACGGGUAAGGAGGAUCAGCUGAGAUGGUAAGGCGGUCCCAACCUAAGACAGACACAGUCACCCCGCCCUCUCGGUGGAGAGCUGGCAAAACUUUAAAGGUAAAAUGUACAUUUAAAAAUAUCAUAAAAAAGGGGGACCUGUGGAAGGCUGACACCACAGCAUCUAUUUUGUAGGCCAAGUGCUAUUUCCAGUACUAACAGACUUAAGUUUCUAUUUCCCUGCAAAUGCUAGGCCUAAGUUUCUAUUUCCCUGCUAACGCCAGGCCUCUUCUCAUAAAUCACGUGAGCGAAACUUUGAAGCUUGCUGUUGGAACUUAUCUCCACCAAGGCCAGGAACUUACCUAUACCAAGGCCAGGAACUUAUCUAUACCAAGGCCAGGUUGCUUGGAUACCUGGUGACGUAAACCUCCUCCUUCACCUACCCUUAUAUACCCUGGAAGACUUUGCAAUAAACGAGACUUGAUCAGACUCCUGUCUUGUCUCCAUUCUUCGCGCCCCUUGCCCCUUUUUCAUUCUCACCCCCUCCUCCAGGUAUCCUUGUCGAAUGACCCGCGGGCCGGGUCAGAAUGUAAAGGUUUUGGCACAGUAACUGAGAUAACGCCGGAAAGGCUAUGUUAACCACUGCGAUAAAAAUGUGUCAAAUGGUCUAUGAAGCGAGUGUAUGAUGCCCCAUGAUCAUAUCAAUGUA